AUGAGUAAGAAAGUUCUGAAGAAUAUUGAUCCAAAACUGGAAACUGAGACUUAUUUACCAUCUGCUCCAGCUCCAUCAGAGAUUAAAUCAGAUGAAAUAAAACUUAGAAGAGUAGCCAGACCUAUUAGAAACGUUAGACACAUCCCUAUAAAAUCUCAAGUAUUUCAUUCUAAAGAGGGUCCAUUAGAAUUCUCUUACGAAAAUAAGAUUAAAACACCAAUCUCCAAAAAUAAACUAGUUGUCCAGGUAUCUCACGUUGGUCUAAACCCUGUGGACGUCAAGAUUAGAAAUGGUUACAUAAAUGCAACAUCAGGUGAGAUUGGUCUAGGUAGAGAGUACUGUGGUGUUGUGACAAACGUUGGUUCAGAUAUUGCUUAUGCUUGGCAUGAAGGUGAUGAAGUGUUUGGUAUUUAUUACCAUCCCCAUUUGGGAACAGGUGCUUUACAAUCCUCUUUAUUGAUCGACCCUAAGUCCGAUGCAAUUACACUUAAACCUAAAAAUGUCAGUCGUGAAGAAGCCGCAGGUACAAUGUUUUGCUUGGGUUCUGCAUUUAAUAUCCUUGAUAGAUUACAAAAAAAUAAAUAUCUGACAGAAGAAUCCAAUGUCUUGAUUAAUGGUGGGACCAGUUCUGUUGGUCUGUUUGCUAUACAAUUAUUAAAAAAUUAUUAUAAAGUGAAACCUAAAUUAGUCAUCGUAACAUCAAGUAAUGGUCCAGAAAUUUUGAAAAAUGAAUUUCCUCAUUUAGUUGACGAAAUGAUCUUCAUCAAUUAUUUGACUUGUAGAGGUAAAUCGAGCAAACCAUUAAGAAAAAUGAUAAAGGAAGAGAAAAUAGAGUCAUACAAUGGGGAUAGUGUAAGUUCUGAUGCAAUAAUUCCAUACACACAGGGUAAAUUUGAUAUCGUUCUAGAUUUUGUUGGUGGGUACGAUAUUCUAUCUCAUUCAAGUUCAUUAAUUCAUGGUAAGGGUGCUUACGUUACUACCGUUGGUGAUUACGUUGCAGAUUACAAGGAAGAUAUCUAUAACUCGUGGGAUAACCCAAGUGCAAAUGCUAGAAAAAUAUUUGGGUCUAUCAUUUGGUCAUAUGACUAUUCACAUUUUUAUUUUGAUCCAAGCCCAAGCACAGCGUCUAAAAAUGAAUGGAUUGCAAAAUGUAGUGAAUUCUUAGCAGAUGAAACAGUUAAAUGUGUAGUAUAUAAAACUUUCCAAUGGAAGAAAACUGCCGAAGCCUUGAAAGUAUUACAAACCCAACGUGCUCAAGGGAAGAUUAUUAUUGAAGUUGAAAAAUUCUGA